ACCUCUUCAAACCAGUCGUUAAUGGCGUCGCUCCAGGAGAGCGCGGAGCCUUCUCGCCAAGCAAUAUUUUGACCGCAUCCAUCGAAACCUACCGUAUAUUAAGUAUUUUUUGAGAAUAGAUACACUUUGAUUUGGUUAGGAAAUAUCAUAAAUUAGAAUCUAAUAUUAUGAUAAUGCGGCCAAUAUGUAAAAUGGGAAUCUUAUAAUAUUAAUAAAUUAAGGAGCGUAUGCAUGCAACGGUAAUAAUGGUUGCUCCAUAUAUAAAUUUUAGGAGCGAAGAUAAUUUACAAUAAUUUAAGUCCAUGUACGUAUAUUUAUUUUAGUUUCGUCCAUAUAUACGUAGACAUUUGUCCUUACCUGCCAGAUUUCUGUCGUCAUUCGAAUUGUGCCCUGUGGGACAAGUAUUGGCCCACUGUUGUGCCAUUUGGGCGGCCUUUUCAUUCCACUUGAGCAUGUUCAUAUUCUUGGCCUUAACGAUGUUCCGGUAGUGGUUGUGCAGGGUUACAAUCUCUUUCUGUUGGCGCUUCGUGACGGGUGACGCACAGUUGACCACCGCUACAAUGGCUGUCAGAAGGAGAGCACAAACUACCAACGAAGACAUUUUUGGGUGAAGUUUUGCUACGGAUUCCACAACCAGUGUAUACGGUAUAACUGUGUACUGUAUACUAAACGCACGCCGCGAUAUAUGAACGGAAUUCCGUGCGCUUAAAUACCAGAUUUACCGCCAGUCGAGACAAGGGACUGUUGCGCUAAAUGACCUUCACGAUAUUUCCGCAGGGCAUCGAGUGGCAAUCAAUCUGCAUACGGGAAAAUUAGUGGGCAAAUUUUUAUGUCACAUUGGCAAAAAUUCAUGCGAACCAAAGCCUGGGGAGGUGCAUUUACGCGGUACUUUCCGGAAAUAAUGCCGGUGCCGGUCCGUCGCAUGGGGAAGAACAAUGGACAACAAUCACACGCCGUUUUGAAUCGUCAACAAUGACUCAGUUGGUAAUUUUCGGGGGAAUGGCAAAACUCCAAAAGGCAGACACGCGAAGGUCAACUGCACGAUUACGAUGGUAGUGCGCUUGGCGAUCGGCCCGGAGCGUAUUUUCCAUAUUCACCAUUAACUGAUCUUUGUGAAUCCCUAAGAGAAAUCUUUUUGCGUGGAGUACAUGUACAAGCACACGGAAUCCACAAACAAAAUUUGAACGCAGAAAAUCUGGAUGCAAGUUCGCGCAGCUGGCUAUAAUACAGUAAAAUCCCUCUACUACAUACACCCUCCGUUCUAAGCUCUCCGUAUGUUGUAAAGAGGUGUAUGUUACACAGGGGCACUGCCCCUGGGGGCGCUCAUUAACUUACCCCCAGGGGGCUGGCCAUACAUUGGUCAAUAGCAAUUACGCACGGUGCCGCUGAUGUUUCGUUUAUAAAAAUAAAUUCAUGCUAUUCCUCAGAAAAGUGGCUCUGCAGCGCUUCUUUUACGAAUUCCUUUUCGAAAAGCUACCGUAUUACUGGCAUUUUAUGCUUCAGAAUGAACCGGUAACCAAUAAUUUUCAAUGCCUUUUUGCUGUUUUUACUGUCAGAUCUUGUACUAAUUGACAGAUGUGAAACAGAAACCGGAACUUUCUUUGAAACAUUUGUGCGCUUAUUCGACCAGCUGUAUGUAGCGCAGAGGUUGACUGUAUGUUAAAUACUGUUUGCGGUUCCACGAAAGGUGUAUGUUAUACUUAUAGAGGGGUGAAUGUUAUAUAGAGAACUGCCCCUAUGUUAUAAUCCACCGAACAAUCCGGUUCUCAGCCGCACGUAUAUAAUAAAGGGGUGAAUGUUGUAUAAGGGUGUAUGUAACGAGGGGUUUUACUGUAAAAGGCAUUUUCGGUACAAUUUUAAGCGACUUAUACGCUAACACAGUCUGUGCAGCGCAACGCAUCUUCCUCAAUUAGAUUUGUGUAAUUUUAAUAGUUUAAGUAUUAAAUUAACUGAGACUGGCUUUAUAGUGUGCAUUUAUUUGGGUUAAUCUUCUUAUACGCGCGUCACACUGUAUACUGUAUAGUAAUUUUUAUUCUUCUUUCGUGGCACUGAUUUCCAGUAAAUAAGCACGUAUACCGGGAAUCUUGAACGCAGUAAUUAUGAAAAAAACAUUAAAGCAUAUUUCAGAUAAGUAAUAAUUAUCGUAAUUAACAAUUAAUUAAUGUACAAAAAAAAUAAAAAAAAAACAUUGGAUGCAUGUACAGAUAAAGGAAAGUAGUGCUUUAAUCCACAAUGCGCACAAUACGCUGAACUAACAUCGCAUUCGAUAAUUUGAUAAAAAAAACAUUCGAAAAUUUUCCAUGCAUAUUAUUAUGGUCUCUGCAGCGUGUAGUAUUUUCAGACUUUCCAUGGGCAGUAUGGUGAGUUCGGGUCGUUGUUUAACAUAAUAUUACCCCUGAAAAAAUACUGGAAUUAAUUUUUACAAUAUUAACCCUAUCAGGAACGAUGAUGGAUAAGCCGCAUAAGAAAUUGACGUACCCGUUACAGUAGUUGCAGACAUACACAAUAGUAUUCGUGCCAAGAUUGUUGCAACCGCUACGAACGCCGCAUCCGACUACCGACGUAUUGGCCCACAUCAACUAUACAAUACAGACACCAUGGUUAGAGGUCACACUUCCUAAAUUUUAUAAAUCCACUGACGCACCUGCGUAUAGUGCCCCACCGGACCCGUGGGCUGCCGACAGUACCGGAAGUACUUCACUUCGUUGUACCACUGAUUAAUGGCGUUGGUCCAUGAAAACGCCGCUGUACCUUGUCUCCAGGCGAUAUUCUGGCCGCACUUACCGAAACCUGGAAGCACCACCAGUUCGCUAUUAAUUUUUGAAAUGCCUAAUAUCGUUAGAAUUUUACUGAGAUGGCCGAUCGACGAAAUAAAAAAACUUUCGGGUUAUUUACUUAUUUAAUUUACUGUUUCCCAAUAUUUCCCGUUAACGGUACCUACCUGGCGUUUGCCGGUCAGUGUCUUUAUUAUGUCCAUCCGGACACGUAUCGGCCCAGCGUUGUGCCGAUUUGGCCGCAUCAGUGUUCCAUUUCAACUUCCGCAUAUCCCUGGAUUUUACUGAACUGCGGUAUUUGUUAUGCAGGUUUACAAUUUCCGUUAUCUGGUCCUUGGAUACACUAUUGACUACCGCUUGUUGCUGCGAUGAGGUCCUUUGGCUUUGCUGUGAAUUUCUCUGCCUUUGCUGCAGUUUCCGCUGCUUUUGUUGUACAUUCGCGCUGUCCGUGAUCUGAGUGGCCAAUACCAAAAUGGCUAUUAGUGCAGAAAAUGUAAUCCCAGCCGAAAUACACCGGAGAUUUAACAAGAACAUCAUUUUUAAAAAAAAGUCUAGAUAUAAAUAAAAAUCAAAGGGAAAUUGUCUCUAAAAUUUUCCAAGGGUUUGAGCAGUUCGCAAUAAAAAAUUCACUGAAAAAUUUGCGCCAAAUAAGUAAAUAUACACUAAGUACAUAUACACUAGGUGGUUGAUCCAUAUUAUAUAAUUAUAUGAAUUUGAUCUUGUUUUGUUGCCGGAUUAAUUUCUAAAGGCAUUUCAUGAAUCAGCGAUUCAGUGGUAGCAAAGUCGCUGUUAUAAGCAAAUAUUGAUUGUUAUGCCGGGCUGCUCCAUUGUUCCACCGUAUUUUUUGUGUAUUUGUUCGUCACUGUAGCAGGUACAUGUUCACUAAUAAUUUAAUUGCACGCGUGAGUUCAAUUUUGUUGUUGCUGUUUUUUUUCUGAACGUACGCACGUCGAUGUUUUUGUGAACGAUCAGAAGGUAGCGUGAACGUAUGGUCGUGAGCGAUGAACUGGUAAACGCAGCCGGAAAUUACAAGUACGUACUGCAGAAUCUGGUCGUCGUUUACGGUAAAGAACAAAAAUUAAUAUGAAUCACACACGUUAAAUUGACGUACUUAAUUGACUCACGUGUCCGGCCACUUUUGAUUCCUAAAAACUGCACAAAAUAAAAAUUAUUUAAAAUAAUAAUCAGUCUACUAUCUUAAUAGGGUUAACACGUGCGUGUACCUGUAGAAUAUCCAUAAUGGGAUAUUCGUUCUCAUGUCUAUGCCAUUAUUCUACGAUUAGCAUUAAGUAUGAAUACUUACAAAACAGUAUUUUUUACAAAACUGUGUUACACUUUAUUAUACACACUUUACGUACACUAUCAGUCAUUUUAAAAUCCCAAUACAAUACACCAAUGGUUAAUAUACGUUUUGCUUUGUUUUUGACCCUUCACAAAUUUCCAAGACACCCGUCAUUCUUAAACAAAUUUAAUAAAAUGAAGGUUAAAUGGAAGAUGAGUCAAAUUAUUGGGCCAUGCUGAGCGAGCAAAGAAUAUAAAAGCAGGAAUCUCACACAGUCGAAAUUUCUUCUCAUUGCUUCCGGCGAAUAUAUCACGUCCAGACAGUACAGUAAACUGCAGUACUAGUAAUUCAAGAUACUUAUACUCGUAAUACUAAUUUCUAUACUAUUUUAUAUAUUAUUAUAUUAUUUAUUUAUACAGUAUUACUCAUUUCCGAUCGAUCGAAACAUCUAACCUAUGUGAUAAAAUUAAUUAAUAACCCAUGGGAUACAAUUAUCAGCAAUUAGGAAGCGAACUCAUAGAAGGUAUUGCGAAUACCUGUAUUUUGUGGUAACACAAGAACAUGUCACUUUGGUCUGCUUCUCCGAACUACUGUUUUUUGCCACGUACAGGUAAAAAGUGUUGUUUGCUACAAUCUCAGCUUUAACGCCAUAGUGUUAUACUGACAUGAUAAGGCUAAUCGGUGCGACAAAUAACAAAGUCAACCCUUUCACUACACUUUUCUAUUUUUGCUGGAGCGUAAUGUUAUACGUAAUAUUAGCAUAUAAGUAUAAUAAUUAUAGACAGAAGUUUAAGUAUGUUUACGUUGUGUAUACGAGUAUUGUGCUUUGUGCCAAGGAUACUGCUUAUUAAUUAAAUAACACUCCUGCGUAAUUGUCUCAUAUUUAUUUUAUAUUAUACAUUACGCCACUAGCAUGAAAACAAAUUCCAUUCAUAUUCUAAGAGACAACGAUAAUCGUAAUGGAAAUAACAAAAAUGUUUACUGCGUGUAAUGAAACGCUUCCGGUCAUACAAGCCCGUGCAGCCAGUCUGCACUGUACAGAUACAUGUACAAGUACGCCGCGCAAAGUCGCAAACAACAGACCGACAGCAAAGUGCGCCGAUAGCUUACUGCUUGGAAUCAGUCGUGAUUACAGUUGAUUUCGCCGUCAAUUUUGGAUAGUUACUGGUAGUAAUUUUUCCGCAGAAAAUCGAAUAAUCACAAAUACCAAUCUUUUCCGUUGCCGCGAGGAUGCCGCUGGCACUGCAUCCCCUGCAAGCAGCGCGCCAGCCCCUGCUCCACGCAGUCCGCACCUUGUCCCCCCUGCGUCGGUAUCUCCACAUCGAGCCGCUCUCCAGCCAUGAAAUCCGCCGCCGUUUCCUGGACUACUUCGCCCAGAACAACCACACCAUCAUUCCCUCCAGCUCCGUCGUGCCCCACAACGACACCAGCCUGCUCUUCGUGAACGCGGGCAUGAACCAGUUCAAGCAUGUGCUGCUCGGCACCGAAGCACCGCGGCACCGUCGCGUCGCGAACUCCCAGAAAUGCAUCCGCGCUGGCGGCAAGCACAAUGAUCUGGAUGAAGUGGGGAUUGACGGGCGACACCACACGUAUUUUGAGAUGCUCGGUAACUGGUCGUUUGGCGAUUAUUUCCAGCAGGAAGCCUGCACUUUAGCCUACCAUCUCCUCGUGGACGUCUAUAAACUCCCCAAAUCCCGUCUAUACAUGACGUACUUUGGCGGAGAUCCCGAGGUGGGUUUGCAGCCGGAUUUCGAGUGUCGGGAGAUCUGGCGGCGGAUCGGGAUAGCCGAAUCGCAGAUAAUUCCGCGGGGGAUGGAUGAUAAUUUCUGGGCGAUGGGGGAGGAGGGCCCGUGUGGCCCGUGCACGGAGAUCCACUAUUCCAUGGACGGGAGUGCGGAGAAGCUGUUGGAGGUGUGGAAUCUGGUAUUUAUGCAGUUUAAUCGCACGCGCCGUGGGAUUCUCGAGCCGCUGACGGUCAAGCAUGUCGACACGGGGAUGGGGCUGGAGCGGUUGGUGGCAGUGCUGCAGGACCGGCAGAGUAAUUACGAUACGGAUUUGUUUUUGCCCCUGCUGCAGAAAAUCCCCGAGCUGGCGGGCACACCGCCCUACCAAUCGAAAUUCGGCGACGACGACCACGAGGGCCUGUUCACCGCCUACCGCAUCCUGGCGGAUCAUGCGCGCAUGUGCACGGUGGCCAUCGCCGACGGGAUGCUCCCGGACAAGCGCGGUGCUCCCUACGUCCUCCGUAAAGUCCUGCGGAGAGCCGCCUUGACCUGGUCCAACAAACUGCACAGCGAUCCGCUUCUCUGGGCGCAACUGGUGCCCACGAUCGUCCAGAGUCUGGGCCCGGCGUAUCCCGAGAUCGCCGAACGGGAGGCCGUCAUUCAGGCCACCAUUACGAAGGAGAUCGAGGAUUUCAAAGGCAUCGUGGACAAGGGGACCAAGGCGUUCGGGAAAAUCUGGCAGAAGCUGGAGAAUAAGAUGGUGCUUCCGGCCGACAAGAUGUACGAGCUAUACCGGCAGUUUGGGGUCCCGGAGGAGGUGAUCUUUGGGUUGGCGCGCGGACGGAAUAUGGGAUGUGAUGCUAAAGGGUUUUAUUUGCUGAUGGAUCAGGAACGAGUUAAAUCGCGGGAGGGAUUGGCCAGGAAAAAGGAGCAAGUGGCGCAGUAAUUUCCUCAGCGAAUAUUGGUGCUCGCCGUCCAUUACGCACAUGUGUUGGGAAUUUUUGUUGGUUUGUUGGUGGUUAAAACUGCAUCUAAUCUUUCACGUUUGCAUGGUGUAUUGCACGUAUUUUCUGGCAUUUUGUUUUUAAAGUGAUUUUUAUCUUUUAAAAUGGUUGAAAAAGGGCUUUAAAAGGAAUCUAUGGUAGCCUACGGAUGCUCAUUGUAAAAAGUGUGGUUUCGGUAAUUUAUUUAAUAAAUGCGAAGAAAAGGCUGAUGUACGGGUAUAUGUACGUAUCACA